GUGCAAAAGUAUAGUUGUACUCACUUACUCUUUAGGUUUUACAAACAUAACGUCCACUUUUUUCCUUUUAAUUAAUUUAUUUAUGAAGCAAACACACUUCUCUUAUAUUGUCGCCGCCGAAGCAAGCCUCUGUUUACACUCCUCACUUCAUUCACUGGUUGGUUUUCCUUUUUGGUGGUUUGUAAGAUGAGGUUUAAUGUAGCAUGGCACCUGCUCAACAUACAGCAGAGACGGCUUUAGAUAGGAAACCAAAACGAACAGUAUAACCUCAGGUUUCAACUGUUGUUGAAAUGGAAAACACGUUGAAUGCACGAACUACUAAAGCUUCCAUGGACGUGGCUGUCGAUGUAACUGGUUUUGCAAGAAGCAGCGAUAUCAGAUUAGCUACAAAGGCAGAUCCUGAUGAAACUGAAUACUCAAGCUCAUUUGUUGACACUAUAUCCGGAAAUGAUAAUGGUUCUGGCCCUAGUGAUGCUGAAGUCGAGUCAUGCUUCUAUGAUGAUACUGGCUUCGCAUCUUCCUUCGAUGGCUUUACCAGCUUGUUUCCAAUAAGGAAGAAAAAGUUGACUUCUCACUGGAGAGAGUUUAUACGCCCCAUAAUGUGGCGGUGUAAAUGGGCAGAACUCAAGAUGAAAGAGCUUCAGUUGCAGGCAGCAAAGUACGAUGGAGAGAUAUCAGCACAUGAUAGGAAAAGACAUAGGGUGUUAGAUCAAGCUUCUUUGGAAGAGUCAGGCUCGAAAUCGUUGCCAUUUAUUCAUCCAAGGCACAGGAAAAAGACCAUGAAGAGGAAAAAGAGGAAGAGAGUUGAGGACGGAACAGAUAUUGCAACACACAUGUCUUCUCAUAACCUUUUCUCUUAUUUUGAAAAUAAAAAGCUAGAUUUGGAUGGUGCAUCACCUGGAGAUGAUAUUAGUAAUGCAGCAUUAGCAGAACAGAAAACCAAUGGCCAGGAUGAGUUUGGUAUUGAUGAUGAUUUGUCAACUCUCGUGAGCAGCGAUGGUUUUCUAGAGCAGAUCCUUCGGAAAAUUGAACUAGUACAUAGUCGGGUUCAUAAGCUGAAAGACCAACUUGAUACGGUGAUGACGAAAAAUGAGAUAAAGUUUUCUUCCUCUGAGAAUUUAAUGUCACUUGAUGGACAGGCUAGCUCUAUUCGUAGCCCAACAUUCUCGGCAUGCAAUGGAGACGCAACAUCAGCUGGAGGUUUAUAUGCUACAUCUCAACAUGUGGUAGAUUAUGAUCUCGGAGAUUUCAUCAUGCCGGACAGUGCAAUGUCAAGCGAUGGAGAGGCUAUGCCUAUUCCUGACAUAAUAGAAAGUACAUUAGGACUUCUGUCCUCUGUGGAUGUCACGCAGCAGCAGGCACAAGUUGGAGAUUCAAGCGAAAGAAUCGUUGAUAACAUUCUCAUACAUAAUGAAGCAUCCGAAGUAGGAGGACACAUUUUGACGAUGAAUAAUGACAAAUCCUUUGAGAAGCAUCAAGAUGUGGUAAAUAACGUGGACGAAGAAAGCUUUAAUCCACCUCCCUCUGCAUCAGAACCUAAUGCAGCAGGUAAAGCAUCCACAUCUCAGGAACAAUCAACACUGAAGUCGUGCUUAGCCUCGGAGAUUCAUUUUCCCAAAAACAAAAGAAAGAGAGGAGAGCGUAAAGCCGGUUCAGGUGGUUGGAAUCGUAAGAUGCCAGGUGAACCUGAUAGCCUGUGACUCUUAUAUAUGGUAGAUUUUUCGACUCUUUGAUAGCCAUAGUAGAUGCUUUGACUUGUUCAACAACCUCAUGAUAAUGGUGGAUGACCAGGAAAAAUGUGGGUAUCCCACACUUUCCAUGCAGCUGAACUGCUCAAAGUAGGCUGCUCAUUUGAGAUCUUCUCUACGUUCCACAGGAGUUCUUGUGGCAUAGUUAUGGCUUUUAAUUGAGGAUGCCAUACUUCUAUUUAGUAGUCAGGUAGAGCUGAAGUAGUUGAAUAUCACCAUUAGUAGUGUAACUUUGUAGCUCGGACAGUGUAAUACCCUUUUGAAUUUAUGGAAGUAAAAGUUAUUCCAGCAAUUUGUUUCUUUUUAGUGUUGCUCAGAGACAGGCUUCAUAUCCUUUCAGAAAAUAUGCCGAAAAGUGUUACUAGUCGUGA